GCCGCCGGAACUGCUUCUGCCCUUCUGCUAGUGACGUACAAUCAGGUUGAUUCUGCCACCGCUGCAUUGCCCUGUUCCGCCGUGCUUGCUGUUCCAUUCUCCCUUUCUCCGCUGCUGCUGCGAGCUAUGGCGGUUGUCGAUAUCGCUGCCGCUGAUGACUGAGGACGCUCGCUGCUGCACCGCCAAUUUCUACACUUCACUUACGAAUUACUCACUUUGAGUUGUUAAAUGGAUAGUUCUGAUGAGGAAAAGGAUGGAGUCUCUGGGAAUCAUGUACCCAAAGAUCUGAGUUGCUUGGCAUCUAAAGGUGAAAAGUUUGUAGAUGCGGUACUUAAUGGUCAAAAUGAACUUUGUCUAGAGAACUUCCGCAUGGAUAAGAGUAUAUUUUACAAGUUGUGUGAUAUGCUGCAAGCCAAGGGUUUAUUACGCCACACAAAUCGAAUCAAAAUUGAGGAGCAACUGGCCAUAUUUAUGUUCAUUAUUGGACAUAAUCUGCGGACAAGGGCCGUUCAAGAGUUAUUUCGUUAUUCUGGAGAAACUAUCAGUCGACAUUUUAACAACGUCUUGAAUGCAAUAUUGUCAAUUUCACUGGAUUAUUUUCAGCCUCCUGGUUCUGAAGUUCCUCCGAAAAUCUUUGAAGAUACUAGAUUCUGUCCAUAUUUUAAAGAUUGUGUGGGAGCAGUUGACAGUAUACAUGUACCUGUGACAGUUGGUGUGGAUGAGCAAGGACCUUUCCGUAAUAAGAACGGUUUACUUUCACAGAAUAUUUUGGCAGCAUGCUCAUUUGACCUCAAAUUCUGUUAUGUUUUGGCUGGCUGGGAAGGAUCCGCCACAGAUUUACAGGUUUUUAACUCUGCAAUCACCAGGCAGAAUAGAUUGCAGGUUCCUGAAGGUAAAUACUACCUUGUAGAUAGCAAGUUUCCAAAUGUGCCAGGUUUCAUUGCUCCAUAUUCCAAUACUCCAUAUCACUCCAAGGAAUUCCCAAGUGGUUACACCCCGCAGCAUGCAGGUGAACUGUUCAAUCAACGGCACUCGUUAUUGCACAGUAUCUCCGAUCGAACUUUCGGGGCUUUAAAAGCACGGUUCCCAAUAUUGAUGUCUGCUCCUUCAUACCCAUUACAAACACAGGUGAAGUUAGUGGUGGCAACAAGUGCAUUGCACAAUUACAUUCGCAGUGAGAAACCGGAUGAUUGGAUUUUCAAAAUGUAUGGAGAGGGGAUGCCAUUUUCAAUGGAGGAAUCGCUACCAUCUUUAGAAGAGGAAGUUCUGCCAAUGUCACGCAUUGAGUCGCACACGCAUCCGCCGCUAGAUUCUACUUUUUAUGCAGAUGAAAUUGCUCUUGCUUCGCAGUUGAGAGACUCAAUUGCAACUGAAAUCUGGAAUGAUUAUAUCCAUGGUUUGCCUCCCAUGUAGAUUUCUUUAAUUGAGCCAAUUCUUAAACUUAGAUUUUGAUAUUUUCCCAGGAUUUAUAGGAUAUAAGAUAGAUUCGAACUUUGAUAG